AUGGCCCACACAAAGUUGCGGGUGCUCCUAGUAUUAUUUGUGUGCGCUCUGCAGUGCUUAGUGGCUAAAGGUGAUGACGACGAACAACCUGAAGGGGAAGAAGAAUGCAGGUUGCUAGGGAAAUUUGAUUUACGGGGCUAUGUGGAAGCUGAAAACGCUGAUCAUGUUAUCGGAGGGAUGUUCCCAAUGCACUUCAGGACCAUCCUGGAAGAAGACCCCACUAGUACGCCACCCAUGUCACCACAGUGUGAGGGAUUUAAUUUUCGAGGUUACCGCUGGGUCAAAGCCAUGAUACUUGCCAUACAGCAUAUUAACAAAAAUCCCGACAUUCUACCAAACAUUACUCUGGGCUACCAGAUCUAUGACACGUGCUAUACAAUGUCCAAAACAGUUGAGAAUUCUUUGGCUUUCCUUACUGGGCAGAAUGAAACAACCCCCGUCUUCCGAUGCAGUAGUGGUGCUCCUCUCGCAGCAGUCGUCGGAGCCGGCGGAUCGACCCUCUCCAUUGCUUCCUCGAGAAUCCUUGGACUUUACUAUUUCCCUAUGGUUGGCUAUGCCUCGUCUUCCUUACUUCUCUCUGACAAGUAUCAGUUCCCUACUUAUCUCCGCACCAUCCCAAGUGAUAAUGUGCAAUCUCAAGGGAUGGCACUCUUAGUUAAGCAUUUUGGUUGGAAAUGGGUGGGAACAAUCGCAGCAGACGACGAUUAUGGAAAAUACGGUGUAAAAGCAUUUAAAGAGAAGAUUGAGAAGAUUGCGAAAGGCAAAAGUGGAGAGAUCUGCAUAGCUUUCUCAGAGACAAUUCCAAAAAUCUACUCCAGGACAAAAAUACAGUCAGUAGUCAACACCGUAAAAGAAACCAAUGCCACGGUCAUUGUGGUCUACUCUUCGGAUAUUGACUUCCAUCCUUUAGUGGAAGAGCUUAUUAUUAGCAAUAUCAGCAGCAAAACUUGGAUAGCAAGUGAGGCUUGGGUUACAUCAGCCUUAAUUGCGAGGCCGGAAUACUUUCCUCUCCUUGGUGGGGCCAUAGGCUUCGGAGUACGAAGAGGUCACAUCCCUGGGCUCAAAGAAUUCCUUCUGGACGUACACCCAGGCAGAGAUCCUGAUGAUGAUCUGGCCAUUGAAUUUUGGCAGUCUGCAUUCAACUGCACUUGGCCUAAUGCCAGCAUACCCUAUAACACAGACAACAGGAAAAAUGUAACUGGCCAUGAGAACAGAGUUAAUUUUACUUCUGACCACUUCUGCACUGGGGAGGAGAAACUUGAAGAACUUAACACUACCUACCUGGAUGUUUCAGAACUUAGGAUAACGUAUAAUGUCUAUAAAGCUGUCUAUGCUGUUGCUUACGGUCUUCAUCAAUUAAGCAUCUGUGAUCCUACAACUGGACCAUUUACAGGCACAGGUAGCAAGUGUGCCUCAAUAGAUGAGUUUGAACCCUGGCAGUUAAUGUUCUACAUGAAGAAUAUGAUGAACUUCAGAGUGCUUGAUGAAGACGUAUACAUAGAUCUGAAAGGGGACGUGUAUACCCCCUAUGAUAUUCUGAACUGGCAGAUGAAUGGCACAAGUGAAAUUGCCUUUGUGAAUGUUGGAAAGUUUAACAGCAGUACGGAUGAAAAUUUUGAGUUUAUGGUAUACAAUGAUUCUAUCUUCUGGAACAAUCCGGCGUCAGCAAAUCCACGCUCCCAAUGUAAUGAUAAUUGCCAACCCGGUUAUCGAAAGGGGAUCCAGCAGGGGAAGCCCUCCUGUUGUUACGACUGCAUAAAAUGUGCAGAAGGACAGUUCAGUAACAUAACAGAUGCAAGGGAAUGUACCGGGUGUCAGGAGGAUUACUGGUCCAAUGCUGACAGAAGUGGAUGCGUACAUAAAGAGGUUGAAUUUCUGGGUUAUGAUGAUGCUUUAGGAACCACAUUAAUUGUACUAGCCGUAUUUGGCGCUUGUGUCGUCCUGUCCGUGACUGGUGUCUACAUAAAACACAGGAAAACAGCUCUUGUGAAAGCCAACGAUCGAGAGCUGAGCUUCCUCAUUCAGUUUUCUCUUGUCAUAACCUUAAUGACUUCCAUUCUUUUUAUUGGUAAGCCAGUAGACUGGUCAUGUCAGUCCCGCCAGGUGUCCCUUGCUUUGGGCUUCUCCGUUUGCCUUUCCUGUGUCUUAGGAAAAACCGUUACACUUCUCUUGACUCACCUGGCCAAAAAUUCAAAAGUUGCUGAGAAAGCACGAAUGCUCUUCAAGCCAAUUUUCCAAAAAAUUAUUGUCCUCCUGUCUGUACUAACCGAAGUGGGCAUUUGUACUGCCUACCUCAUACUUAACCCACCCCGUAUGUAUAAAAACACCCAGUUCCAAAAUAUUAGAAUCAUUUAUGAAUGCAACGAGGGCUCUAUAAUCUACUUGUGCGUCAUGUUUGGGUUUGAUGUGUUUUUAGCCAUACAAUGCUUUCUCACAGCCUUUAUAGCUCGCAAGCUCCCCAACAACUUCAACGAAACAAAGUUUGUCACCUUUGGGAUGCUGGUCUUCUUCAUUGUCUGGAUCUCCUUUGUCCCAGCUUACUUAAGCACAAGAGGAAAGUUCAAAGUGGCCGUGGAGAUAUUUGCAAUUUUGGCUUCCAGCUUUGGCUUGUUAGGGUGUAUAUUUGUGCCAAAAUGUUACAUCAUUUUAUUGAAACCUUUAAGGAACACUGAGGAAAUCGUGCAUGGCAAAGCUGCCACCAAUGACAAGAGCGCACCGCCCACCUCUGCAUCAUGCACCAGUGAAGUUAACAACACUACCGUCUCCACAGUUCUGGAGGAUUAG